GGAGCCGCCUUCGAACGCUCCCACGUACAGUACAGCUAUUAAAUCUUAACCAGUUAAUAUCGAAGAGCAAUUGUACAAAUAUUGUUAGAAAGAUAGGUUAUAAAAAAAUAUUCGUAAAAAAUACAACAAUGAAUUGAUGAACGUAUUUAAAUGAGGAGAAUUUCGUGUAUCAUUGGCAAUGUUUGUCGCGAAAAAUGAAAUGAAAUCAAACACGCGUCAUCCGGUGAUCGACACGAUGAUUUGACACGAUUUAAACUACGAGGAUAUAAGGACAUCGCAAGGAACUUACAGGUGAGAUUGUUCGACUACUGAAUGCGCAAUCGAUCGCGUAGGAUAAUCGCGACACAGCAAAAUUUAUUCAUCAUUUAUGCACAUUCUGGCACGAAUGUCAAAACAAGCAUCAAACCGAUUAGAUCCGAUGGUGUUGAGCGACAUCGGUUUGUUCGGUGACGUAUAAAAAAAGGAACGUCACUUGUGGCUUAAAAAGGAAAAAGGAAAACGGAAAUGUGCGCCGAGUCGCAUCGAAUCGAAUUAAUCAAAUUUAACGCGAGGAAGCGGAUAUUUCAAGCUUGAAAUCACAGAUAACGAAUUGAAAUCCUGUAUCUUUGUAUAACACAGACUCCUCGUUAAUUAUUUCUAAUUACGCUUUAUCUAAUCAUAUUUCCUGGUUGGUAUUUCAGUAGAAACGAUGAAACUUUGCUACAUAUUGCUAGGAUUGGUUCGAGAUCGAAACUGAUAAUAGAGAUAUUUUAUUGUUUGGAAAAUCAAAGAUCUCGUAUAGAGAAAAGAAUUGAUUAAACGAGCAAGUUGCGAUGGGCCUCAACACCGAGUUUACUGCUAUACUUCGAGAUGUAAUGCAAUUUUUGGAAUGCCUCCGCGAAGUGAAGCUUCCAACUAGAUUGGAGAGCAUCCGGGACGAUUUAUUGAUACGUUCGAAGGAUACACUAACGAUGUUCAUGGUAGAAAGAAUCGGACCAUCGAUUUCUCCGGAACCGUAUUUGAAUAUGAACGCGGCUGGAUCGAAAGGUUUGAUGACAACAUUAAAAACGGAAGCCGAAUUACAAGAAUAUGUAGGCGCAGAAGAACACCAUCCAAUACAAAAACAACCACAACAGCAAGAUUAUUAUGAGACCUUCCAGGGAGUCGAAUCAACGAACAAUGUCACGCCCACGAUUUAUGAAACAGACGAUAAUGUUCAAACUAAAGAAGAAGAAAUUGAAAAUAAGCUGAUAGAUAUUUACGCGUGUUUCUCGGCAGCGCAGACUAAAACUAAGUGUCAAAUAUGUGGCCCCCUUUAUAGGAAGGAAGGUAAAAGAUUAUUCGUUUUCGAACAAUGCCGAGCAUGCUGGGUUGGUUUGAUUGGAUCGCAUUUAUUAAUUUACGGAAAUGAUCGAGACAGUCGUCCAUGCACAAUUUUGCCACUUCAGGGUUACAUGGCACGAGCUGCACCAAAUGCAGUUCCUCGAGAUCAACGUCGAAGUGAAUCUACUUUUGAAAUUUUUCGUCCUGGUAGUAAAACAUUCCAGUUUUCUGCGAAAACUCCAAAAGACAUGGAACAAUGGGUAUCGAAAAUUUGUAAUUUAUGUGGCGAAAAGAAGAAUGAUUGCAAAGAAUUCACAAAAGAAAUGGAUAACGUUGUUGCCACCAGUACUACUAAGCAAACAAAUGAUCAAGAAGACUCGAUUUCCAAAGAAGAACGAUAUCAAGAUGUAAGAAUGCUAGGUGGCGAUGAUUUUUCCAAUAAACUUUCAAUCGUUCCAAACAUUAUCAAUGAGGACACUGAAAGGAAAGCAGAUGAUUCUCCCGCAAAGGAUACAUCCUGCGAAAUUGCUGAUACCUCUCUCCCUUAUCCUUCUAUUGUCCUUUUCGAGACUGUUACUGUUUCUUCUCAAUCACAUUCUCCACUUCCACCUCCGUUACCAGCUCGAAUCCCCCGAAGACUACUAACCCUACCUGCUCAAUCUCCGUCUUACCAAUUCCCUGAUGACGAAGAAGAUGGUAUUUAUCAUAAGAUAGAAGAUUUUAAGGAAACGAUACAAUAUGGAAAUGUCGAUAAAACAUUUCGAGUUAAGAUGAGUAAUAAUCAAUCGAGCAGCGAAUCUGUAACUUACGAUGAUAUUCGAACGAGUAUGAAAACUGAACAUAAAUGGGAUGAGAAGAGAACAAAUUUUGAAACUCUUGCCAGAAAUUCGAUUGAUUCGCGAAACGCAUUAACGUAUGAUGAUACAGCUAAUUCCAUGUUAAAAGAUAAUAAAAUUACCGAUGAGCAAAACAAAUUUGUAUCGUACGACGAUAUCGAGAGUAUAGCGUCAAAUUUAAAAUCAGCCAAGAUUCGACUAAUGGAUAAAACGGAUGAAUCGGCAAAGUCACCACAAAAGAAAUCCUUUCUACAAAGAGUAAGAAGCAAGAAGGAAUCUCCAAAAAAAAUUGAGAAAAAAGCUAAUUGUAAAAUUCUGAAUUCACCAUUGCAACAGUCAUCAUCAUCAUUAUCGACAUCUGUAAAUAAUGAGAAACUACCGAUUUAUUAUGACGACGUAUCUGAUCUAAUGAAUGUCCAGCAGGAAACGAUUCGUUUAGAGGAAGAACAAUCAGAUUACACUUGUCCACCUCCACCUAGACCGAUAUACGCAAAACCACCGUUAGUAAAUGAAGUAAUCGAUACGGAAGAAUUUUAUGAUGACAUCACAUAUCGAGAUAAAUAUAAGGAUGACCGUGAAAUAUCUACUAAGUUAUAUUCAUUACAGAAAAUUACAAGGAAACCAAAUAUUUCCUGUGAAAACACGAAUGAUACACAACAAUCAUUUGAGGAUAAUAUAGAGCAUUAUAAAACACCGCGUCUUGAAUCACGUUAUCCUAAGUACCUUCACAAUGAUCAACAAGUAGACGAUCUAUAUGACGACAUUGCUAUACUUGCGGAAUUUACGGCGCGACAAAAGGAAGUUUUAAAUAACAAGGAUAACGAAGGUAUAACAAGGUCACAACUCAGCCCGGAAAAGAGGUCAUGGAACCGAUUUGUUGGUGGAAAAAAAUCGAAAACGAUUGAUCCAACUGUUAAUGAAACGAACAAUCGAAUCUUGAAUGGAACGGAAGAUGUGUUGGAUGACAUUGGUGAACAACAUAGUUCGUUACGAAUGAAUACUUUUCAAAAACUGAUUAGUAGAAUGGAGAAUUCUCUUAGUAAAGCAUCUGCAAGAACAGCAUCAUCGAUGUUGUUAAAUAAAAUGAAUCUCCAAACUAACAAUGUAUGAAUCUCGCCAGCAAGCUGAAAGAAUUGCAUAUUCGUCCGAUUUAAAAUAACGUUUG